ACCCUUCGACUGUGACUGCCAUUCAUCGCCGAUUUCUGCGCGCCAUUUGUAGGCGCGGAAAAACAAACCUAGCGUUUGUCAUUCGAGCAUCGCAUAUAUCCCAGGCGAACAAUCGAUCGUUUCUCUUAAUUUCCGACCGGCGGCUGAGCAGCUAAGAUGGGUCAGAGUCAAUCUGGUAUGGGCGGAGGAGGCCAAGAUGGCCGAGACGAGAAAGACAAAAAGAAGGACAAGCCCAAGUACGAGCCGCCCCCAAGACCGACGACCCGCAUUGGGCGCAAGAAGAAGAAGGCUGGUGGCACCAGCGCUGCUGCGAAGCUGCCGCCCGUCUACCCGACGAGCCGAUGCAAGCUCCGGCUGCUGCGCAUGCAGCGCAUCCACGACCACCUGCUUCUGGAGGAGGAAUACGUCGAGAAUCAGGAACGCCUGCGCAAAGCCAAGGCGGUCAAGGAUAACUCGGCUCCCGCUUCGGAGCUUGAGUCGUCGGAUAGAAUGGCCGACGAGCGAGGCCGUGUCGAUGACAUGCGUGGUAGCCCCAUGGGAGUCGGCACCCUCGAGGAGAUGAUCGACGACGACCACGCUAUUGUCUCUAGCACAACUGGCCCCGAGUACUACGUCAGCAUCAUGAGCUUUGUUGACAAGGAUCUACUUGAGCCCGGCGCCAGCAUCCUGCUUCACCACAAGAGCGUCAGCAUUGUCGGCGUUCUUACAGACGACACGGACCCGCUGGUCAGCGUCAUGAAGCUAGACAAGGCGCCUACAGAGUCGUACGCCGAUAUUGGUGGUCUCGAACAACAGAUCCAAGAAGUUCGGGAGUCGGUCGAGCUGCCCCUGCUCCACCCGGAGCUCUACGAGGAGAUGGGCAUCAAGCCGCCAAAGGGUGUCAUUCUCUAUGGCGCCCCCGGUACCGGAAAGACUCUGCUGGCCAAGGCGGUGGCGAACCAGACCUCGGCGACCUUCCUGCGCAUUGUAGGCAGUGAGUUGAUCCAGAAGUAUCUGGGUGACGGACCGCGGUUGGUUCGCCAGCUGUUCCAGGUUGCCGCAGAGAACGCGCCCUCUAUUGUGUUUAUCGACGAGAUCGAUGCUAUUGGCACGAAGCGUUACGACUCGACCUCUGGCGGCGAGCGUGAAGUGCAGCGAACUAUGCUGGAGCUGCUCAACCAGCUGGACGGCUUCGAUGACCGUGGAGACGUCAAGGUCAUCAUGGCGACGAACAAGAUCGAAACUCUCGAUCCUGCUUUGAUCCGCCCCGGCCGUAUCGACCGAAAGAUUCUGUUCGAAAACCCCGACCAGAACACGAAGCGAAAGAUCUUUACGCUCCACACGAGCAAGAUGUCGCUCAACGAGGACGUGGAUCUCGAGGAGUUCAUUGCCCAGAAGGACGACUUGUCGGGUGCCGACAUCAAGGCAAUCUGUUCCGAGGCCGGUCUGAUGGCGCUCCGGGAGCGCAGAAUGCGUGUACAGAUGGCCGACUUCCGGUCUGCGCGGGAGAGAGUGCUCCGUACCAAGCAGGAAGGCGAGCCUGAGGGCUUGUACUUGUAGUGUACAUGUAUGACCACGUGUAAUAGCUGUUGGGAGGCCAGUUGGGCAGAGGGGUGAGACUGUCGAAUAGACAAGGACUUAGCGUCCAGCAUUAACUUUGGGACAAGUCCUGUGAUGUUUGUGUGAUUUUAGUGAUUUGUAACUACCCAAACAUGUCGCAUAGCUAGUAAGAGCACGGCCUUCUGAAUACAGCGUCCUAAGCCGAGCAAAAUAAAGCCUAAUUUCUCAAGGAAAGCAAG